UAGCAGAUGGUAUUGCAGCUGCAUCGUUGCUUGGGAAACGAUGGUUCAAUUUGUGACACAUUUUUGCGAAAUACUUUAUCAAGCCAUGUGCACUUGUCAUUGAUUCUUAGAGAAGAAUGCAAUUGGUACUUGGAUCGUGUAUUCUGUAUUUAACGAAACGUAUUCUAACGAAGUAAAUUGCAUUAAAUCUUGAAAGUGCAGUCAGUGAUAGGUUAUGUUGUGCGUGUCUCACGUUUGAAAAUGUAGGCUUCGUACAAUAAAAAGAGGUGCAUACUGGCCCGAUUUGUGCAUGGAAAGAAUGAUUAAUUAUUUUUUAUUAUCGUUACCAUAUUUCGUUCGUUAUGUAUUAAACAGGAAGUAAAACGUCGUGACAAUUAACCACGACACGUCAACUACUGAAUUUAUCGUCCAACGGGUUUGUUGUGUUGUUACUCUGGUUACUAAGGAAACUAGAGCUCUACACCUGUACACCUUGGCCAAUAAUGUUUAUAGUAUCUGCCUAGAAACUAUAAUCUGGGUAUAGAUACUUUACCUUACUACGUAAACAAUAAUUGCAUCGAUACCAUUGCGAAAUCCUUGACACCAAUUUUCUUGUCUACAAAUUUGUAUAGUAUUCCGGUCUUACGCCUAGAUAACAUAGUUUAAAGUUCUCCACAUAUAUUUCCAUACAAACAACAAUUUACGUUAGUGAUAGAAACAUGUCAUUUUAUUACGCCGGAUUUAAUGCUUGUACAUUGUUCUCUGAUGAUGGAGAUGUUGAUUAUACAGUAGAUUCGUUCACUGAAAUUUCAUUUGCCGGACUUACCGAUUUCCAAAUAGGAUGGAGCUAUUUUCUCCUGUGGAAGGGAAGGGAAUUAUAUAUUUGUAAGAAAACCGAGGAGGGAGAUACAAUUACUGAAUUAUUACAGAUACCAGAUAAUCCGUUAAACAGUUGUAAAUCAGCUGUAGCUGGUAAAGACAAUAUAGUGAUCUUAUCGAACCAAAAUGAAUUUUGGCAAUAUAUGGUCUACGAGCACAAUGGUUUUUGGAAGAAGGUGACAAAUUUCAUACCAAGCAAUGAUGAUUCGAUUAAAGAACAUCCUGUUAAAGUCCUCAGAGCGGGUUGCACUGUGGUCCUUACUAACUUAGGUCGAGUAUUUAAUGCCCCUACGUUAGUCGAAAUGCCAAAGAGGGUAAAAUUCAUAGACAUUGCCUGUGGGUUUGACCACACUAUCCUACUAUCAGAGAGUGGUGACGUAUAUUCGAUGGGGAUAGGAACACGUGGCCAAUUAGGGCACAAUGAUUUGGAGGAUUGCGACAACCCUACACUGAUCGAGGCUCUGGCCGGUCUAAAAGUUGUUUGCAUCUCGGCACAGGGUUGGCACAGCGCCGUAGUUACAGAUCAAGGCGACUUGUACACAUGGGGGUGGAAUACGAACUCGGAGCUAGGCCUGCCUAAUAUGGAGAGUAAAGUGGUCGCUGUGCCCACAUUAAUAAAUUUUACAGACGACCAAAACGAGAGCGUAGAAAUAUUCGUGAAGAAAGUCGAAUGCGGGAACACGUUCACCAUAUGUGUAACUGACGAUGGCACCUUUUGGGGUUGCGGAUGCAACAAAUAUGGACAGUUAGGACAAUCAGGGGAGGCCUUACAGAGCUCGUCAAAGUUCAUCAAAUUAGAAAUCCCUGGAACUAUCGCAGUUAAAGAUUUCCGGUGCCGAGAAUGGGGCACCCUGCUCCUAACAUGAUCGCGAACAAAUAAAGAAAUAUUUGGCAUUAAUGCCUACGUGUCUCGCUAUUUAAUCGUCUCUUCCAAGCAUGUCAAAUAUUUUCAUCGUUUCGUUCGCCUCUAUCAGUGGCAGAAUAAAUCUUCGCUUCUCGAGUAGAAUUUCUUCGUCGACGAGCGAAGACGAAGGGGUGUUCGGUACCGCCGAUGGAUCCUUUUUCUUGCCUUUGCCUGGAACAUCGAAAAUC